UGUUUCAUAUUGCACCAAACUCUCCACCAAAUGUUUUCAGCAUAAUGUUACAUACUCGUGGGUGCUCGUGCAGGACGUCGUGACGGACUUGCGAAUGAGGGACCAAUGAGGACCAGAAAUAUUCGGCGGCGAUAUGAAUAAUGGAGUGGUUCUGACGCACUACAAUCAUCUACUCAAAGCUGCUCCAAGUCACUCCGAAUUCUCAAAUUUUGAUGGAGCACUUUUGUCAAUCGUCACCUUUUCCCCACACUUUUACAAACAAAACUAUUUCACUAAUCGUUAGUUCAGUGAAAUCAGCCAGAGGAGUCACCAAUCGGUUGCCAUGGUGACGAAGUCUACUACUAUAUUUCUAACUUAAGAGAAUGCCAUUAUGGCCAAAUCUAAAGUAACAGCAUUGGAGAAAUUGAUGAUAACUGGUAUCCCCCAAGUUCGAGAGCAAGCAAACCACAAGUUGUCCGCAUCAGUAUCUAUCGCAAACAAAGACUGCCAAAUAUCUGGAAAUUAUGAGGAAACUGAGGAUGAAAUUUCCGGAGCUAGCAACAAAACUGAAAAUGUAGCAGCUUUGAACAUUUAUAAACCAGAAGACAGUCUUAAUGGAGAGGAAAUGGAAAGCGAUGACAAAUCCGAGUACGACGUGGACUCAUUUUGUUCGGAUAUUUCCUGCAAAGAAUCUGAAGUUACAAAUGUUACACCACAUUCAUCGAUGAGCGGUUGCUCGUCGCUUUUGCAUUCAAUGGAUGUCAACUAUAUUAAAAGAAAUUUAGAUGUUAUUAGGACGAGGAGCGGCGGAGAUUGGCAUAGAGAUGGAAAAGAAGAUGAGGAUUUGUCUUUAUCGGAAAGCGAAAUGACAUACCUGGGCAAAGGCGAAGGCACAGUCAUUUUAGAGCAGCAAAGAAGACAAUUGAUACGCUGUGGGAGAAGAAACAUGAGCUUCACGAACGAAGAUUUGCGAAAAAUUGAGAGAGAAAACCAACUGUUACUCAGGAAGAUAAUGUCCCAUCAAAAACCGCAGGGUAAAACUGUAAAGCCAAUCUCAGGACCCCCAAGAACUAGUAGCUCUGCAAUCAAUAGAAAAAGACAGCAGAAAAAAAUCGAAGAAGACAAUAUGGUUGAUUGAAAUUUUUCAGAUGCUGCUAAGGAGAAUACAGCAAGCUAAGUCUUGUGCUAUGCCUAGGACCUCAGUACCUGGUUGUAAACUGACAAUGCUGUGAUCAUUGCAACUGUACUACAAUUACUGUCUUUGUGUAUCUAAUUGCGUGCAUCUUUUAAGCAUCUUGUUCAAACUAUAAACAAUAAUAUCCUGUGCGCAUACAUAUUUGGUACCGCUUUACAAAAUUAUAUUUAUACAUUUGUAUCUUAACCUCUCGAAUAAAGAUUAAUAUUGUCACUCCAGUUGUUCAGCUGUAUUUGAUAAAUUUAUAUUUAUUGGCAACGACACUUCGAAAAUAAAACGGCGCAUUUUUACUCAACGUUUGGUCUCUGGUAACCGGAUAAGUUUGGAAAUAGAAAAGUUUGUAGUGCAUGUAAAGUACAACUGAAUCUUUGUAGAUUCUUUUUAUUCAAAAACAAAGACGAAAAGUCUUACAAAAAUGUUACAAUAGAAAGGACCUAUGUGUGAUACGCGCAUUUGUUAAGUAAAUACAUAUUUGGCCAAGAUAAAACAUUUACAGUAAUGGUAAGAGCUAAAGGUAAAAGAAAAAAGUUUUGUUGUUGAUGCUACAUAUCCGUAUAUCAAACUGGCUAUUGAGUUAUUCGCUUUGCAACUAAAUGAAUUUGAAACAAAAUAUUCACACGGCUGUUUAUGACUAUUGUUUGUUGCGCUGGUAGACUAUGUACAACUAUGAUAAUAUGCUAGUGA